CGCACUCUCCUGUGUAUUUUUUCUUUUCUAAUUCCAAAUUGUCAUUUUCUAAUCCCAAAUUCUCUCUUUGUUUUAAGAUCCACAUCCUUCUUAAUUGUAAGUGACUUAAAUCCUCCUUCUAGCCUCAUGUACAUCCGUAUCACACUCAUAAGCAAUCGAAGAUGGGAUCUCAAGAACCAUGCAUCUACAGAGUGCCAAGCCAAUUGCGUGAAGUGAAUCCAGAAGCCUAUAGACCUCGGAUGCUUCUCAUCGGCCCUCUUACUCAUUCCGCGAAACCUAAAGCUCAUACGGAUUCAAGGUAUCUAGAAUAUAAGAUGAUGGAGGACCAAAAGGUGUUGUACAAAGCCGCUUUCACCAAAAGGCUAGAUACUGAUAUUGCAAUUCUUGAGGAUAUGACGACCACCAUAAAAGAGGAAGAAGUAAAUAUUCGGGCAAGUUAUGCGGUAUCGACUGCAUGGAUAUUACCUGAUAUAUUCGUGGAGCUUAUACUUAACGAUUCAAUAUUUAUCGUGGAGUUCAUUCUCAGAAUGUACGAAAGUCAUGAAAAAAUUGGUGACAUGAUUGUGGACAAACCUUUUUAUACUUCCACGGUUCUUGAUGAUCUUACCUUGCUCGAGAAUCAGCUUCCCUACUUUUGUUUAAGUAAGUUGUUAAACCCCAUUACAAAAAGAUUUUGUGGAGAUCAGACGCUGGACCAAGUCAUCCUCCAAUUAUUUUCAGUCAAUGAUAGUGGUAUGAUCAAUGAGAAUACAAAGUUCAAUCACUUCACAGAUUUAUUCCGGUGUGUUUACAAGGAAUCGCUUGGCCAGAAUAUAGAGUUGACAGACUCGAAUAGCCAGAUCGUGGAUAUGAAGAACGCGGAUAAGCUAUCUAGUGUAGGAGUGGAAUUUAAGGUAGUGAAUCGUGAGUUUUCGCUGAAUGUAUCAUUCGAGGAAGGUUGCUUAAUAUUGCCGAGUUUUCCUGCCGAUGAAUCUUCUAAUAUCAUCCUUAGAAAUGUCAUUGCAUAUGAGCAAUGCCAUGAUCCUGAAAAUGCCUUCACUACAAAUUACAUACAUUUCAUGAAUUUCCUUAUUACCUCAGAUGAAGACGUGGCGUUACUCACUUCAGCAGGGGUUCUAACAAACGGUGUAGGGCGAUCAAGCAUGGUGCUGAAGAUGGUGAAUAAAUUAGCUAUAGGAGUGUUGCUAUCAAAUCAAAGUCAAUAUCACGACAUUGUCGAGAAACUCAACAUUCACCAUAAUUCUCGUAGGAAAAGAAUAUGGGCGAAACUCAGAAAAGUCUACUUCAGCGACCUAUGGACGACAACAGCUACGUUAGCUGCCAUAUCUCUUUUGCUACUGACUCUAGCUGGGACAGUGGCUUCUAUUAUUCAAGCUAUCAAGAGUUAACGCUGUUUGCAUGUUUCGAUCUCAUAAAGAUUGUUUUCAACUCUUGUUUGUGGCUUUUCCAAAUAUCUUGGCGAUGAUUUACUUUUUUUAAUAAAUAAGAAACGUUUUGGUGUGUUUGUUAGUGUUUCA